GCGUUUGUAGUUGCGGCGGCGGCGGCGCCCGCGGCUCUACUCUCCGGCGGGCUCUUUCAUCGUGCGGCCCGCCCGCCUUGCGGCACCCCACGCCCCCCUCCCUCCCUCCCCACGCCCUGCGCCGGGCCAUGCCGCUGGUGCGCUAUCGGAAGGUCGUGAUCCUGGGAUACCGCUCUGUGGGUAAAACAUCCCUUGCACACCAGUUCAUUGAUGGGGAGUUUCUGGAGUGUUACGAUCCUACCGUGGAAAGCACUUACAACAAAAUGUUGAUGCUGGGAAAGGAUGAAUUCCAUCUGCAACUAGUGGACACUGCCGGGCAGGAUGAAUACACAAUCUUGCCUCACUCAUUUACCAUUGGCAUUCAUGGCUACGUGCUGGUGUAUUCCGUUACAUCUCUCAAGAGUUUUCAAGUGGUAAAGUCUUUACACAGCAAGUUAUAUGAAAGCAGAGGGAAGACAAGGAUGCCGGUAGUGCUUGUUGGCAAUAAAGCUGAUCUGUCUCUAGAAAGCCGUCAGGUGAAGACUGAUGAAGGCCGGAAGCUUGCCGAUUCUUGGGGCGCCGUGUUCUUGGAAUCCUCGGCGAAAGAAAACCAGAUGACCCAAGGUGUCUUCACCAGGAUCAUUGAGGAAAUCGAUCGUGUGGACAACUCCUACGGCGAACAGCGCGGCUGCAUCCUGAUGUGACGAUGCUCCUUUUCCCUGCCGGAAGCCGUUCUGCUGGUGGGAGGGGGGGUGUCGAGAGAGUCAGGCCAACUCUGGACAGGCAUCGCAGAUCCCGAGAGGCCCUGAAGAGCAGGUCUGGAAUAGCUUACGGGUAAUCCACACACACAAACACAGUAUACCUCAUUGCCCGUCCUCUAUACAAGACGGCUAUGUUUUGCACAUUCGUUUGCUGGAAGCAAUCUGUGUAUGUAUAUGUGUAUAUGUAUAUGUAUAUGUAUAUGUAUAUAUAUAUAUAGAUAUGUAUUGCCAAAUGUUUACAGAACCGGGAGGGUGUGGGAGCACAACAGGAUCUAUUUAUGUUUUUUGACGGAGGAGCUCUUCUGUAUAUUUAUAACUGUUUAAUUAAUAGGCGCACAAGUUUACACACAUAGGUGUCUGUUCACUAUUUGGCAUAAAGGGGAGGCAGCGGAAUGUAAGUUUUUGGGUUUUUCAGUCGUGCCUCUUCCAAGUCGUUGCCUUAUUUUUGGCGGGGUGAGUUUUCCGGCUGCAGACUGGAUCCAAAAGUGGAUUAUUUUCCUCAGCUUCCGUUGGAGCGCUGGGAGGCGUGAAGUGGCCAUUAAGUAAACAAGGCCCACAAAACUUUAAUAUUAUUAUUAUAAUAAUAAUAUAUCUAUAUAUGCAACUAAAAGCAAAGUUCUUUAGGAGCCAGAUGGAGGGAGAAAACCUCUGAGCACCUAUUCAGAUGCUAUUGCAUGUACUUUCAAGCAAGAGAAAGCCCCCUAGCUUAGUAUAAUGAACAGAGGUAAAACACAAGAGGUUGUUCUGAACCCUUAAAAUGUCCCACACCUUGCUUGCAAUUGUGCAUACCUUUCGGCGGUUCUCUAAAGCACCGCAAAUGCUUUUGUUGUGAAGAUCUUCUGUUAACACUGAUGAGUGAGAUGCAAUGAUUUUGUGUACUGGACGGGAAAGCGCUCGGGCCUCUUUCCUUGUAUUGUGAUUCCCCAGGAGGAAAUGCAAACUGAGAAUGUCCCAGCUGGGGAGAAAGGAUUUGGCUGGAUGCACCUCCAUAAAAUACUGCAGGGCUUAUAGGACCAUGCGGACGUGUUUUCUCCAAAGUUGCCCGUGUCUGCUUUCCCUGAGCAGCCUGGGUUCAGGCAUCACAGGGCAACCCUGAAUGUAGUGAGAUGUUAGUAGUUUUGUUUCUUUUAAGGAGGCUCUUAAAUGAGUUCCGUUCCGUGGGAUCUAAGAAAUUGGCUGCCCUCCUCCAUCCUCUAGACUGAGCACAAACAGCAUAGCUGUGACUCUCCUCUGGUGCCUUUUGCUCUGCUUACUUGUCGACAGGACCAAGCAGGAAGCACUUGGGCACAGAACUUGAAGUAGGCUAGGAACUGAAGGGGACGCAAACCGUAGUCUCUUGCCAUAACCACCCAGAAACGCAAAGGCAUUGCUGGGUCAGCACAGACUCUGGGAAUGACCUUUUUCUCAGGGGUGGGAAGUCUGUGGGGCCCUCUAGAAGUUGGACUCUGAUUCCCAUUGGUCUCAACCAGUAUGGCCAGUGGUCAGGGGUGAGGGAAGGGGUAAAAACUUAGCGCCCCUGUCUCUAUAGUUGAAGCACAUUAUGCUGUGGUUGAGGGGAAAUGGAGGAAACUUUGCAGGUAUCUUGGGCAUAGUGGGGCCUGGCGCAUAUUCUUGGUUUAUCGUAGUGUCUGCAGCAGAGAGGCUUAAACUUUUGAGGAGCUGUUCCCUGCCAACGGCCACCUCCUGAUGGGAUUUGAAUUCGGGACCCCGAGUGUGAAGUCCAGCAUUUACAGGGUUGUUUUGUUUUUUAAAUAUUAUUAAAUGGUGGUGCGUGUUGUUCUUCCUGGGAUGCGUUACUUUCAGGAGAAAAUCGGAUAGGGGGUUAUUUCUCCAUUAUGGUGCUUCAGUUACCAGAAAUGCGAGUGUGCGGCCUCCGAUUCUGACGAAGCCACUAGAAUGUUCCUCGUAGGACAGAGUCUAUGCAGAGUCUGGCUUUAUGGAAGGGGACUCGGAAGGCUACAGAGCAUUGCUUGGCACGCUGUUUACGUGAUUAGCUCUCCUAUAAAACAGCGUUGAAUAGUUUGGCGAGUGUAACUGUUGUGUUUAGAGCCUCACUGUUGGGCACAGCGAGUUUGCAUUUCAUAAGACUCCUCUUUCCACCCGGUGCUCUGAUCUGGUUCCCUUGUUCCAUUGCUCUCUUUGGGAAAUAAUUUGGGGACCUUGAAUUCUUCAGCCUUUUUAGCGGGGUCUACCCAGUGGCUGCUCCCCUUCUUUCGGCACACCAUUGCUGCAUACAAUUCCGCGCUGCCAGUCCUUUCCUUCCUUCCUUCCGGAUUUUGCUAUAUGAACCCGAAAUUCCUUUGUUUCAAAUACAUCCCUUGAAGCCAUCUCCCUAGAUCAAGUGUCUAUCACUGUUAGCCAGGAGGAUGGGAUGCAUACAACUCCGUCCCCAUCUCUCUGAUCUUGCCUCUCUACCUUUUCGUAAGAGCCGUAGAUGGCGUGGGAAUCUUGAUGCAUGCCAUUAUUCUAGGCAGAAGUCUAGAAGUCUCCCAGAUGCUACUGGACUACACUUCCCAUCAGCCUUUGCUAUGGACAGCAAUGGCUGGGGCUGAUGGGAGCUGGAGUUGCGACAUCUGAAAGGCCCCUGGUUCCCCAGCUGAUGAGUCUGUGCACUCUUAUGCAGCUGAAUUCAAAAAGCCCCAGCUGCCCAUUUAGGGCAAGGGUGAUCUUUCAGCAGGGGAAGAGGACAGGAGAUAAGAAGGGUUAUUCAAAGCCCUUAUUCCCCUUCGCACCCCUGAUGGCCUGAGCCUCUCCUUAAAAGGAGGGGCACAGAAUCCCUUGCCUGGGACUUAAAGAUGCAUUUAAAGCCAUUUGUAACUAGACUCCUCUGUCGCCAGAAUCCACUCAGUGGCUUUCCUUCACCGCCAUGGGGACUAGAAACGGAAACUGCGUACGCCUCUGUUUGAGGGCUGUAUCCCAGCAAGCUGUUUCUGCAUUUGAAGCAGCCAUAUUCUGCGCAAAGUGGCCAUGUGGCUUUAACAGCUUGUUGGACUUUCUCUCUGAGUGUUUUUGGGUUUUUUAACAAGCCAUGGGGCCAAGCCAUCAUCGCCACCCCCACUGCUUUCUAAAGAGCUCUGGUUUGCUAUACACAGGGAACAGAGGUGCCUUUCUGAGCUUCAUCCAUCCAUCUCUCUCUCUUUUUCUCUUUCUUUCCCUCCUCUGUAUUUGGCAUGUUCUCUAAUGCUGCCAAGCGUAGAGCUAAUUUGCUACUAAUUGCAUCAAUUAUGUUAUUAGCAACACAGCAGUAAUAUUGAGAUCCUGCCAUCCUGAGUUUUGGCCUGGGUUGACGGAAAACAUAAACAGCCUGAAUUCCCCUUGAAACUCUUUUGGGGCCCUGCCUUCCUUCCUUCCUUCCUGGGCCCCUUAAAGCCACCAGCAGAGAGCUUCACAGGAAGCAGAGUGAAAUGUCUCCAGCGGGUAGUGCCUUUAAGCUGGCAUCCUUGCCAACCCCGCAAAGCCAGGAGGAAUGGCAGGAUUCCCCCUGGGUCCUAUCUUCCCCUCUGCCUUCCAGGUCCUCCAGGGGCAAACCCUGGUGCUCUCUCGACUGUGUACCCAGCUGCAAUCUAUGGAGCCAUAGCGAUGGCUGUUUCCUGCCUUUGGGACUGGAGAGAGACGCCUCCAAGCCAUAUCGCUGCCAGUGGCUUUGAGUGUCUUCCCAACCACUGUUGCACCAAGGAAUUGAACCCUGGGGGAAGGGAACACGCAGAAAGAAGGUGCUUUAGUAACUAAGUGACUCCUCUGGAGAUUGUGGCCCAACUAUCCUGGAUGCAAAAGGGGUAGGGGGUACUGGAAGGUUAGCCCUGGCUUAUUAGGGGUGUUUGUGAGGUGCAACCCUUGGCUUCCUCCCAUAUUAGUUGCAUCCUUGAAUUCACCCAGAGGGAGAAAAGGAAAGGGUUGGCAGCAAGGGAGCGAGGGGAACCUGCCCAUCACUCUUAAGUGCCGUAGCCCAUCUCCCUCUCCUAGAGACACCAAAUUGUGGGACAGUUUUCCUCUGCACCAUAGCCUGCCUGCCGUACAAAGAAAGUCUAAUCCAAUGGCUCUCAAGAAACGGAAUUCGGAGAGUAGGGCUCACUUGCGUCCCCAUCAAAGCUGGGACAGAGAUUCUGGAUGAAUCGGGAGGGAAGGGCCGGGUUUCAGAAAGGAAAUAGUGUGUCUCCUGGGGAAACUUAACAUUAUUUUGCAAGGGGCUGGCUUGGGAAAGGGGAGGUGUUUUGUAAUCCAGCGAGAGGACUUGUUGUGCCUUUGUCUUACGCCAAAACAUGGGUGUUUGGUUGGGGAGACAGAGGCUUAGUACCUCCACAAAGCUCUGCUGUCUGCUAUGAUCCCCUUGAACAUCCACCACCCAUGCUAGGAGGCAGGAUGUUUCUAUUGUGUAUUCGAGGGAUGCAGCUGUUGUGGUGAUGGGUACCGGCCCUUCAUAGCAAGCGUCCAAUAAAGGACCCGUCCACCUAACAAGGAAAACUCAUGUUCCAAUGAUGAUCUCCAUGCUGCCCACUGCUUAACUUCAUCGCCUGCCUGGCCCCCAGUUUGAUCUGCCGUUCUUCUAUGUAAAAGUGCUUUGUAAAUAAGUGAAAAUAAAAGCAGGAUGCGGGUGGGUGGGUGGGAGAGAGAAGGUAAACUUGCCUGGUCUUGUAUAUAAGCAUUCGGACAGUUGCUGGAAACCAGUAAAAAAAAAAAGCACAAAUUGUUAUUUGUCAGAGAAAUCGCAGGGCAGCUAAUCCUGCCUCUCCCCAGACCAUUUGUAAAAGCUUCAGCUAGAGAAUGCAUGCGUUGUUUUCCCUCCCCUCCCCGUACGCACAAGCAAUCUCUCUUAUAUGAUGCACACUUUAAAAUAUAGGAUGGGGUUCACCGAAGGAGCAACAUCAGCACAAGCCCUGCACGAGGGCGUGAGCUUGUGCAACAGGACUUUCCCCUCCCCUGGCAUCUUCCAGUAUUGACGGGGGGGGCGGUUCAGGAGAGGGCCUCCCCACAAAAAAUUGGGGGCCCCAGAUAAUUCCAUCUGGCAAGGUUAGUGUUUGUGCUGAUGAGACAUUGGCCAUUGUGGGGUGUUGAGUUCCACCCACGGUGUAAAACUACUUUUCGGAAAUGUAAAGUAGGGGAUCCAUUUAGUGUUUUGCAUGUGUGUGUGUUUCCCCAGCUCCGAAUUUCGGUUUCCCAUGGCCUCUUGUUUUUUUUUUUAUUUAAAAAAGGGGGGGGGCAACAGAAUCGUAGGCCUUUCUGCUAUUGGAUGAAAAGCUGCCCUGAAAAGGCCCUCUGAAUUUAAGUCUCCAGUUACUGUAGAUUGUAAAAAGAUGAAGAAAAAGUUGGUCUUCUGCUGGUUAAAGAUCCGGCCAUUAAUGCUAUGCAUCUCAUGACCCACACAUUGGAACUCUCUACUUAGUAUGUUUCUCGCCAGUAUUUAUUGUUUAAACCAGUAUGUCAUUACAACAAUUAUACUAUAAAUAAAAGAAGAGAAAAACCAUGUUA